AUGUACGAUCAACUCGCCUGUCUGCUGGGCUGCUGUGUGAAUCAGGAUGGCAGGAGUGCCAGCAUGACGGCACCCAACGGUCCGUCGCAGCAAGCUUGUAUUGCAGGAUCCAUGCGUGAGGCAGGCAACCGGGCAAGCGACAUCAAUCUGGCUGAGUGUCAUGGCACAGGCACAGCCCUUGGUGAUCCCAUUGAGGUGGGUGCGCUCAAGAAUGUCAUGCACCCGCGAGAAACAACUUUGGCUUUGACAAGCUCCAAAUCCAACAUCGGACAUUUGGAGGGUAGCGCUGGCAUUGCUGGCUUCUUGAAAUGCGUUGCAAUGCUCAUGGCUGGAACAUGCCCGCCAAACGCACAUCUGUAUCAGCUAAAUCCCCACCUGGACGUCAAGGGCUUCCCUUGUUUCUUUGACACAGAGGCGAUUGACCCUGGAUUGAACAGCGCCCUGACAGGUGUGUCCUCCUUCGGCUUUGGCGGCACCAAUGGCCGAUGUGACAUUUGGGGAGCAGCAAGGUUCGGGCCCAACAAGUGUGGAAAAGUCAUGGAGAAGGAAGUGGAUCAGAUUUAUACUCUGUGUCCAAUCACACUGGGCAAGAUUGACCACCUGACUGGUGAGCCCCUGUCGCGGCGACUCUCGGCACUGCGGAGGGGCAAGAGAAGAGCGGAUGUCCUCCGAGAUGAGCUUGCACGAUAUGAUGUAUCUCGGUUGGCAUAUGACGGGGGCUUCCGCUAUCGACAGAGUGCCAUUGAGAUGGAUGGUGAGGACGAGCUCCUGCAAGACCACACUAUCUUCAUAUGUGGAUCUUGGACAGGAUUCAAGAUGGAGGAGAUGGACAAAGAUGGGGACAAUUUGUUCACGACGGUCAUCACUUUGGGCGAGGAAAGGUACGACUUGUUUGAGUUGUACGUUGAUGAGAAGGAAGAGCUGAGCAUAUUCCCCGCUGUUGAUCGCGCCGGGCAACACAUCGCCAUCGAAGGCCCUGGUGUCAACAGAGAUGGCAACAAAUGGAUCAUUGAUGGCCGGGAUGAAGAACUUGCCGCCGGAACAGUGCUUCAGAUCACGUUCAAGUACAGUCUGGAUCAGAUGAUGGUGACGUGGAGGGAAGUCGGCGAGAAGCGGCGAGUCUUGGCAGUUCCCCGCAAGAGCAGCUAUUUUGUCACCGGAACCUGCACAAAGUGGCGGACGGUGGCACUCAAGUGUGCCGACGAAGCCACCCUUCAGGAGUGGUCUGGAACAUUGAGGAUCGGACAAAGAGGCCGUGAGGACUUCCAGAUCUGGCGAGAUGGCGAUACAUUGCAGGCCAUCUACCCAUCAGCACCGCAGGCCACUGGAACUGGCGAAGAGGCAUGCGGUCCAGACGAAUUUGGAAGUGGACGGUACUUCCAGGUGAGGGGGCGGCCUGGCGAAGAGGUUGAGCUGGCUCUGUACAUCGAGGAUGGCAAGGUGACAGUUCGCACAUUCACUGUGUCGUCAAGACGCUCCAGGCAGUGGGAAUCAGUCAGAGGAUGGGUUCCGGACUUGGAAUUCGUGCUAAAGAAGGGAAGGCUGGUUUUCCUGAAAGUGAGGAUGGAUCCUCAACGACCUGGCGUUUUCACGUGUCUUGUCGUUGUCGGCCAGGCAUUCGACAAGCAAGCCGGUGCCUUCUGUUUUCACUUUCAGGUGGCAGUGGACGGAGACAGCCGGUGGGCACACCUCUCAGUUUUGAGCCGUGCAGGCAUGUCAGCUGGGAUGCUGGCACCGGUAGCGCCAGGCCAGUUCACGGAUGCAAGAACAACUCUCCCCGGCAGGUCUUGGGAAGAAGAAGGUGUCAAUGGUGUAUGCCCCAGGGUCCGCCUACCCUCCCAUGUCAUCUCGAAUCUCAGCCGAAAACAUAAUGACCCGGGUCUCAUGAAAACUCCUCCGGAUGUGGAGAAGCCUUUAAGAUCCUUUAAGAGGGAAGCUUUCUGUAAUGCAGUCAAGACACCAAAUCUCGAAGAAAACCUUCACAUGAAACAGGCUUCACGAUAA